AAAGGGGGGAGGAGAAAAAAAAGGGGGAGGAAAAAAAAGAGGGGAGGAGAAGGGGAGAAGGAGAGGGGAGGAAAAGGAAGGGGGAAAGAAGGGAGGAGGGAGAAAGAGGGAAAGGAAAGGAGAAGAGAGAGGGAAAAGAGAAAGGAAGGGAAAGGAAAGGAGAAGAGAGAGGGAAAAGAGAAAGGAAGGAAAAGGAAAGGAGAAGAGAGAGGGAAAAGGGAAAGGAAGGGAAAGGAAAGGAGAAGAGAGAGGAAAAGAGAAGGGAAGGAAAAGGGAAGGAGAGGGGAAGGGAAGAGGAAGGAAAGGGAAAAAAGAGGGGGGGAGAGGGGGAGAAAGGGGGGAGAGGGGAAGGAAAGAGAAAGAGGAGAGAAGGGGAAAGGAAAGAGGGAGAGGGGAAAGAGAGGAAAGGGAGAAGGGGAGAAGAAAGAAGAAAGGGAGGGGAAAGAGGAAAGAGGAGGGAGAGGGGGAAGAAAAAGAAGAGGGAGAGGGGGAAAGAAAAAGGAGAGGGAAAGGGGGAAGAAGAGGAGAGAGAGAAGGGGAAAGGAAAGGAGAAGGGAAAGGAAAAGAAAAAAGGAAGGGAAAAGAAGAGGGAAAGGGAGAGGGGAAAAGGAAAGGAAGAGGAAGGGGAAGGGAAGAGAAGAGGGAAAGGGGAAGGGGGAAAAAAAGAAGGGGAAAAAAGGGAAGGGAAAAAACAAAAGGAGAGGGGAAGGAAAAGGAGGGAAGGGGAGAAGGGGAGGGGGAGGGAAAGGAGAGAAGAGGGAAGGAAGAAAAGAGAGGAGAAAAUGAAAAGAAGGAAAAGGGAAGGGGGUUAA